AUGGCGUUCGCGACGCAGUGGGCUCAAGGUAGUCAGCGUGAGCGAGACAGGUUUCCACAAAGCCUGACGCAAAUGGAUAGCAUGCGGUCAGAAUUUGACGACAUCAAUGAGGAUUUCGACCGGACGCUCCAAAAGACCUUCUGGGCUCAAGCCAAAAGGGCUCUGCAGGACUGUUCCGACAUGGAGUGCUUCCGUGUGGUCUGUGCGGAUCUGAUAAUGGGUUUGGCGCAGAAACCAAGGGAUGACGAAGACAACAACGAUGGGCCUUACAGCACGAGUAACUUUGAUGGCGAAAGCCCUAUCGCUUCAGGAGAGGGAUCAAUUGCUUCUCAGCUCAGCGAAAUCAUCGCCGCGGAAGGUCCGCCUGUUUUCAUGGAACGAGCUGCAAGAAAGAUGCAUGCUCUCAAGUUUCAGUAUGAGGCGCGAGAGACAGGCGUUCUCGAUGUAUCUGGAAGCUCUCUCGGGUUAGAGAAGGCGACUGCUGCAGAGGCUCUGAGCGAGGAAGACAAAGGUACCAUUGGCCUGGUGUACUGGAUGACAGUCAUGUUCGACACAGUAUCGUCAUCUAUGAACGGCCGGCCUGUAGUUGUUUCGGAUGAGGAGUGUCACCAUGACCCGACGUACCCUGACCAUCCAGAGAAUGAAUCCUACAACAUUGAGUAUCGACCACAGGACACUCGAUGGUGGGCGGAGCUUUUCGUUCGCGAAAACAAGGAGGGUGUCCUCCGUUGGCCUUGCUCGUAUGAUGCUGCCUCCAAGGGUGUUGUCACUGCUGCGCCUAUCAAGGUCAUCCUGUUCCGACAUGUCUCAUACCUUCAGAACACGAUUAGGAGUCGAUACCGUGGCGAACCAGUUGAGAAGGUCAUUUCAAACGCAAUGGCUGUUUAUAAGCAUUGGAACGUAAGCUACGGCGCCUUCUUCCGAGAUCUGGUCGAACAAUAUGACUCUGUUCCAACACUCAUCCAAAGUUGGUUUGUGUGUGUGGUGGCCCAUUUCCACUGUGCUGCUCUCCUAAUGGCAGACCUGAUUGAGCUUGUCGACGAGAAUAAGUUGGGCUUGGAUUAUUCGACCCAAGUCCGUCACGCAGCCAAUGUAGUGGCCAGUCUUCGCCGAGAUAGUGCGGCUAUUCUUUCAGACCUCGCUCGAGUCUCGACAUGCCCUCGAGCUGGCGAUGUACCCGGAACCGGCAUCUCGGAUCUUCACUUCGCAGUCGUCGAGGGGUCCAUUUUGACGGAACCAUGGACUAUGAUCCUCAUCAGGGCGUUUACCAAAGCCGCUAUUCUACUUCUUACUGAGGCGGAAGAGAAGGUUAGACACGAACACAUACCUCUGGAGACACCCAGCGUCAUGAAUGUGGUGCGCAGGUGUGAGGACUGUACGAAGGCACUUUGGUGCUUGGGUAAGAAGUCAGACAUGGCUCGCAACAUCGCUAGCAUCUUAUCCUCAGCAUUGGGCCCUUACAUGAUACCAAUGGCUAUGUCGAACAUGCCUGUCUCAUCUGUUGAACCAGUCAUGGUAUAG